AUGAGCCAGGUCAAUGUAGAUAUGCCGGGACACUCAAACGCCGAACUCGGCCGAAGAGACUCGAAAGGAAUGUCGAAGCUCGCACCAUUCACCACGCAACGCCAAAUAACUGUCAUCGGAUCGCUCAACAUGGAUUUCAUCUGGGUACUUAAUCAUUUUCCUCAACCCUCCGAGACCCUGAAGAUCAACAAAUGGAAGACUUCAGUUGGUGGAAAAGGUGCUAUCCAGGCAAUAGCAUGCGCAAGGCUGUCUAGACCUAGCCCCGUGCAAAUUGUCGGCGGUAGCACUCAACGGCAUCCCAAGCGAAACGACCAUGUGCAUCACCGCAGAAGGAGUAUUGAUACGACCAGCAUCAGCAUCAAAGUGAACAUGGUCGGAGCGGUCGGAAGCGACCGAUUCGGAGCUCAAGUGGUCGAGGCCCUGCAUGCCAACAAUGUCGAUACUACACAUGUUCUGAGGCAAGAAGGUGGUGAGACUGGAGUAGCCAGCAUCGCUGUGGGACCGAAGGGAGAAAAUAACGUGCUGGUGUUUGCUGGGGCCAAUGAUGAGCUCCACCCCGAUCAGGUUGGUGUUGAUUUUCAAGUCCAUACACCUGAUUUGGUGAUUCUGCAGAUGGAGAUCCCCCCGGCCACAGUCGAACAAAGCAUCAGAAAAGCCGCCGAAGCCAAGGUCCCCGUGUUGCUCAAUGCGGCGCCUGCUUCUGCGUUGCCGAGCGACUUAUAUCCAAAGUUGGAGCACCUCAUAGUCAACAAGAUCGAGGCGGAGGCAUUGCUGAGCCGUCAGUCCACGUUGCAGCAGCACCAGCGCGAGGAUAGAGAUGCCAUGAUCUCAGAAGGCGAAAAGUUGUGCACUGCCUUGCUGGAACGAGGCACAAGAUAUGUGGUCGUCACUAUGGGAGGCUUUGGGGGUGUGGCAGGUGAAAAGAGCGCGCGGCGUGACCCCGUCACAUUUUCAUAUGAAGCUGUCCAUGCCGAUGAUGUUUUGGACACCACUGGGUGCGGCGCAGUCUUCAUUGGAGCUUAUGCAGUUGAUUAUAUCCGCCAGAAGUCUGCUCAUCAGGAGUUCGACAUCAAGCGAGCUGUGCACUGGGCCGCGCGAGCCGCCGCUGCUAGCGUGUCUUCAUUUGGGUCACUGGAGGGGAUUCCCUGGAAGUCAACCCUGGAGCAUGCAUGA